AUGCCGGAAGAUUUCCGCAAACCUCAUUCUUGGCUGCGCCACCAUCUCAUCGCGUCUGCGGUCAAGCCUAACGGUCUGGCUGGAAACGAUAAUUCGGCUUAUGCAGCGCAGGUAGCCACGGAAGAGCGGCGUCGCGAAUCGUCUCCUCAUCGAGCGAUUACAACCAGCAAUACGCUGUCUGGCACCAACGCUUCUACUAGCACACGCGGCGCCCGGACUAUCCGGAAUGAUCACUUUUCCCUCAGCCAGCAUUACAACGCCCCCAUCCGUCGUCAUGUCUGGUAUAGCAAACGACGAUUAUGGAGUCGGGCGCAGCUCGAUCAGGAGCGCACGGCAUUCUUCGAGACCAGAGUCACGGGUCGUCCAGAAAUUUGGUCUGCUCUGUCUGCAGCAGUAACUCUGAUGCGGGCUGGUGAUAUGUCGACAGCACAGACCAUUAUUGACGCAGCUGGCAUCACAGUCCCAACCGGCGAUCUCUGCCAGGGUUGCUACGACGAACAAGGCGCUCUUUACCGACUACCACAGUGCAUUGUGAGCGACCCAGAGAACAUGGUUCGAUCAGUGCAUGACCAGGAGGACGAAUUCGACACCGACGAUGGCAGAUUGUCCUCGGACGAAGCUUCAGGGGAUGACCUGAUCGCAACCGACGUCGACCUGGAACGCCGCCGUGAUGAGAAGGGGAAGACCAGCGAGCGGGAUUUGAUCCGAGUGCGAGCACGACUGAGUGACCGCGGAGGUCCGGAUAUUGACUUGUCGGUGGGAAAAACCGAGAGUGUUGGCUUUAUUGCACGCAAAGUGCAGCAGGAGGCGGUGAUCCCUCGCAGUUACCGCGUAAGAAUUGCCUACCUGGGCAGGAUUCUGAAAGAGCACGAGCCUCUGAUCGACCAGGGUUGGAACCCAGGCCAUGUCGUCAACGCAUUAGUGGUCCCGCGACAUGUCCUUUCCUCACAGCUCACGAAUGGUUGA